CGUCCGUCGGUCCUUCCGCGCCCGCGCCGGAGACCAGCCCCGGAGGCCGCUCGGGCCCGUCCCUGAGCCGGGCACCAUGAAGCAGGAGUCUGCAGCCCAGAACACCCCGCCCUCCUCGCCAUCGCCGUCCACGCAGCCCCCCGGGGGGGACAGCGACCCCCAGGCACUGUGGAUUUUCGCGUACGGCUCCCUGGUGUGGAGGCCCGACUUCGCCUAUAGCGACAGCCGCGUGGGCUUCGUGCGCGGCUACAGCCGCCGUUUCUGGCAGGGAGACACCUUCCACCGGGGCAGCGACAAGAUGCCUGGCCGUGUGGUGACCCUUCUUGAAGACCAUGAGGGCUGUACUUGGGGUGUGGCAUACCAGGUGCGCGGGGAGCAAGUGGCGGAGGCACUGAAGUACCUCAACGUGCGCGAGGCGGUGCUGGGCGGCUACGACACCAAGGAAGUCACCUUCUACCCCCAAGAUGCUCCUGACCAGCCUCUCAAGGCCCUGGCCUAUGUGGCCACCCCCCAGAAUCCUGGCUACCUGGGCCCGGCUCCCGAGGAGGCCAUUGCUACGCAGAUCCUGGCCUGCCGCGGCUUCUCUGGCCACAACCUUGAGUACUUGCUGCGGCUAGCUAACUUCAUGCAGCUCUGUGGGCCGCAGGCGCAGGACGAGCACCUGGAGGCCAUUGUGGACGCCGUGGGCACCAAGCUGCCCUGCUUCUGCCCCACCGAGCAGGCCCUUGCUCUGGUCUGAGGGUCAGAGCCCGCGUGGACACUGUGGCGCUGAUCCCUGGCCCAGUGCCUUGGUCAGACUUGACACAGACACAGACAGGAGCUGCCGGGGAGACCCAGGGGCAGAUGAUGUGUAUGUGGUGGGGAGGGCUUCUCUUCUCUGCACCUGCCUGCCCACCUGGCUCUCUGGCUGGGCAUUGACUCACUACUUGAAGCUUUAUUUAUUGCACCAUGUUGGUGUGGCAGGCACCUGCCCUGGAUUUGGGGUCCUGCUGAGUGGGGACCCCUACCCUGGCCCCUUGGGUCUGACCAGAUCCCCCAAGUGCUGCUGCUGCUAACCGCAUACGCUACUGGCCUCGACCUCCCCAGGGGCUCCCAAGAGCCUUGAUCCCACAACCUCACAUCUCCUACCCCAGGCCCCUGAGGCUUCCAGCCUGCUGGAUGUGGCAGGACAGGGAGUGCAGAGAGGGGUCCUGGCAGUGGCUGGAGCUCCUGCCAGCUCUGCCAGUCCACUAGGUGCCCAGGGCUGGUGCCUGGUUCAGGGCCUCUGACCCCUCCCUACUUCUCUGGGUCAUUCCUGUCUGUCCAUUGGUUAAUUCCUGAAGCUAUUCAUCCCUACGGGCCCUGGCAUUUUCCCCAUCUGUCCCAUCUUCCCACCCAUAAACGUACCUCUUCCUCC